AUGGCUUUCCAAAAAAACUCAAAAAACGACAGUAAUAAGUCGGCAGACUCUUCAGAUGAAAGCGAUUCUGAGUGUGAAUAUGACUCCACCUGGGAGAAUGAAGAAAUUGAUCGAACUAAGAGGGGCAGGAAAAUGGAUAAUGAUCUUCAAAACACAGAUCAGCCUAACCUGCAGUUUUAUCGCAACAAGAGACCAUCUUCGCCUGAUGGUGUUUACAUUGAUGAUUUUCACAACCAGUGGUCGGGUGAUUAUGACAAACUGGAGUGGGUUCACUCAUACAUUCAAUGGCUGUUUCCUAUCGAAGAAGAUGGGAUGAACUAUAGCGCCUUUAAACUGACUAAAGCUGAAAUCAAGAGCUUCCAAAAAGAUGAGGACGCAAAGAGAAGGCUUCUGAAAUCCUAUCAGAUGAUGCUGGACUUUUAUGGCAUAAAGCUGGUUGAUGGGAAAACUGGGAAGGUGAAACGUGCAGACAACUGGGAGGACCGAUUCGAUAACCUUAACAGAAACACUCACAACAACCUUCGUAUUACACGCAUCCUGAAGUGCCUGGGCACCCUGGGGUUUCAGCACUACCAGGCCCCACUGGUACGCUUCUUUCUAACGGAGACUCUUGUUAAGAAGACGCUUCCCAGAGUGAAGAGCAGUGUUCUAGACUACUUUAUGUUUGCUGUCCUUGACAAAGAUGAGCGCAGGGAACUCGUUAAAUACGCAUUCAUGAACUUUGAGCCUAAGGAAGACUUUGUGUGGUGUCCCAAGUGGAUCCAGAAAAGGUUUCUGGAGGAAUAUACCCAAAAAGAGACACGAGCCAAAGACAGUGAUGAAGCCAUGGACAUAGAGUCCAAUUCAAACAAAGACACCCCUGGGAACACAGAAGUCAACCAGAUGAAUGUCCAAGAGGAUAUCCAAGAGGAGUCUGUCCAAUCAAAUAAGGCCACGUCAGAAGCAGAAGGUGCCACUGAGGAGGACAACGCUGGAUAUUUUGGAGGAGAAAAAAACCCCCAAAACAAAUAG